UUCGAAACGUUUGCGCUAGAAGUCUGGGACACUGGAGGAGUGUUUGAUUUUGUUGGUUAGCUAACGAAUGGGUGCUGUUGCUUAAUAUUUGUCUGACCUGUAACUGAAAUGGCAGUGAGAAUAUUUGUUGAGAAAGAAAAUGAAUUCCUGAAUACCCACACAAACCAUCCGAAGCUACUUUCUGGCUCAUCAAUGACUGACACAUCUCUACUGCAGACUCCACAAACUGGAAAGGUGUUAACUAUAACUCCUCGCUUGCAGCAAUCUGCAAGAAAAGCCCUAGGGGAUGUGAACUGUUCAUUGCGAGCAGGUAGCAUAACUGGUUACUCGCAGAAAAAGAGACCGGAUAAAGUCAAUAAAAAGAAAAGCCACACACAAAUCUUUAAAAAUGUUAAGGAUCCCAUCCUCGUCGCCAAUUUGUUGUGGAGUAUUUUAAACCAACACUCAACACGGUCUUUCGUUCAAAAGUCAAGCGGCCUUUUUACACUGGAGAGGAGAUUAUCUCAACUGUCCACAGAAAAAUUUUCCAUUUCGGAGCCACCAAAAUGCACUGUUGAAAAAUCUGAAGACUAUCCUGAAAUUGAAACUUUUAUUCCAUACAAUCCUUUUGACUUUGAGAACUUUAAUGUGCCGGAGGAACAUAAGAUUGAUCACAUCUGUCUGGCAGGUCUGCCACUCUUCUUUCUUGAGAAAGAAGAAGCCUUAAUAGAAAAGGUGCUGAACAAAAUCCCUUCACCUAUAGAAUGGCCUUCACUUUCAAAAGAAUCCGAUUUGGUGAUGGAUUUCGACAUGAAUGCUGACAUUUUGGCAGACUUGGAUGAAAUUGGGGAGGUUGAAUUGCCAAUAAUGGAAGAUGACUUCGGAAGACUUACAACUUGAAAUUUCAGAUUAUCCUUAAUAUCAACACUGAAAUUUCCUAGUCUCUCUGGAUUUCUGUUCUCAUAUGUUUGAUUUGGAUGUAUAUGUUUCCCACAGUGUGGGAGAGAACUCAUCACUUUCAGCUUUUUAUAUUUAUGUAUAGUGUAUCUUUAAACUUUUUGAAUAAAGGCUUAUUUGUGUGCA